AUGGCUUCCUCUUCUGGCGACGGAUCCCACGCUCUUUCACCUUCCCAACGUCCUUCCUCGCCCCCGAUACCUAUACGGUACGUCCCGCCUCCGUUGAUCUCGGACCGCUCGUCUUCCUCGGAAUCGACGUCUUCCUCCUCCACCCUAGCGGCUCCACCGCCUUCCUCCAAUCGCUUUUCCCUGCUCGCCGCCCGCAGUCCGCCGUCUUCCUUUGGUCGCGAACAUCGCCUCAGCCUUCUCUCGAACAGCCCUGGUGUUUUUGAAGGGAAGGACGACCAGCGUGCCCAGUUCCUCCAGAACUUGGCCCUCGACAAAGCUCUCGCCGACGAGUGGCAGCUAAUCGACGCGCCGGCUCCCGAAGCCACGCUUCCCAAGCCGCCCUCCAGAAGGAGCUCCUCCCGCCGGCUAUCUGCCAUCAUGUCGUUCGGCGGUGACACCAAGAACGCCCAGAAGCCCGGGCUCAAGAAGAGCAACAGCUUCUUCCGUCGUCUGAAGGGAGGUGGCCACGAUGAGGAGACAGCGCCCCCCGUUCCCGACGUCGCUCCACAGAUUCCCCGACUCUCCACCUUCCUUUUGGACAAGGACCAGCCGUUAAUUCCUCCCAACAGCAGCCUUAAUGGAUCAGCCACGCCCCGGGCCAACGCAAGCCCCGUCCCUCACAGCCCGUCUCCUUCAGGUCCCCGCCCUCCAUCCAAAGCUGGUCCGCAACACUACUCGUUGCCUCCCGGAGCAUCAUUGCCUCCUGGUGCCGGAUUACCUCCUGGAGCUGGGUUCGGACCUGCCCCGAUCCCAGGACGCUCUCCCAUGUCCCCGACUAGCCCCACCGGGCCCGGUGGACCCCGGAUGGCUCCCUGGUCCGGCAGCCCCGCUCCUCCCGAGGGAGGCCUCGCGAACGCUCCCACUCCACCUCCCAGACACCCGUUGAAUCAGCCGAACGGAAGCAUUCCAAACGGGGUUCCCAAUGGUGUGCACCAGCCUGCGCCCAAGCGGACGUCUUACGGUAUCCCAAACGGGCCAGGUUCAGCGAACGGUCACGCUGUUGGUUACGCCAACGGCGCCCCGAACGGUGUGCCCAACGGAUUGCACAAGUCAAACGGAUCCAUGAACGGCUACGCAAACGGAUCCGCGAGCGGUCAUUCGAACGGAUCGGCGAACGGCCAUGCGCUGCCGAACGGCGCGAUCAACCCCCGCCCUCUGCCAUCACGGAAGGGAAGCGCGCCAGUGCCGUACCUGAACCAGCCUAACGGCUACGGACCUCAGACCAUGUCUCCCCCGACCUCGCCAACCGACGGCAAGUAUGUGCAGCACCACAUCCCGUACUCGCAGCCGCAUCAGAUCUACUCUCGCCCUCCUCUCCUUGACCAGACUCUGGCUGGACGCGCCAACUCGCAGCCAUCCAGCGCGGCGGCGACUCCCUCCCCUCCCCCGGCUCACAUGGGACAGUCUCACUCGGCUCAGCAGAAUGGCUCGCACCAUCGGGUGCUCUCCAAGAGCCCUCCCGCUCAUUACCAGGGCCCGAUGAGCCCGCCAACGUCUCCGCCGCAGCGUGUUACCUCUCCAGAGGCCGUUCGUCCGAUGUCGCCUCCUUCGCAGGCAUUCUCAUUACCUCCCGGUGCCGGCCCCGCGAAGCCUCCUACCGGCCCCCGGUCAUCGCGUCCGAACGGUGUGCCUACGCAGCACCACGUCUUUCAGCAGGCGCCCUCUCCCCCUGCUUCGUUUGGCAGUCAUCAGGGACAUCAACGUGGGCCCUCUGCUGGAUUUAGCGCCCAGGCCCACCCGCAGCGACCCCCGACUGCUCCCAAUGGCGCGGCUGCUCCUCUGCAACGAGUGACUUCUCCCCAGUCUUCUCACGGACACAGCACUUCUCCACCGCCGCCUUCGCAGAUGGCUCCGCAACCCAACGGCUACUUUGCCGUUCGUCCUCCUGUUAACGGCCACCCCGCCCCUGGUCCCCAGUCGCACAUGCCGAAUCGCACGUCUUCGAUAUCUCCUCCCCAGCCUUCACACAUCGCAAAUGGUGCCGCCCACCCCCAGCAGCAGAAGCAGCCGCCGGUCAUGGCGACGCGACCGGCACGUUCGACAUCGGUCUCGAGGAGUACUGCGCCGGUGCAGGCCGCAGCUCCCCCUCCGCCUUUACCGGAAGGAGCUGAGAACCGACGAUGGAGCUCUCGCCCGGGCGCUACGCAGCCGAACGGUGCUCCUGUCGGCAUGACGACAAGCACGGGCGCCAGGGUCGAAAUUGUGGGCAACCAGCAGCACGCGCAUGCGCUGCCGCCGAGCUCUGGGGCAUCGGUGUCGGUGGUUGCGAGCAGUCGCCCGCAGUCUGCGUCGAGUCGACCGCAGUCUGCUCGGCAGGUGUCCAACGACAACUACGGCUCGCGAGGCAUUGCGUCACCUCCACCUGUUCCUGCACCAGUGCCAGUGCCAGUGGCCGGGGCUGCGCCCGCUGGAAUAUCUGCGCCCGCCCCUGGGCCUGCGCUCGCCCCCGCGGCUGGCGUCCACACGCAGCAGCAGCAGCAGCAGCAGCACGCGCGGACGACGCCCGAGAAGCCUGAGCGUGCAGCCGAGAGAUCUCUGCCGCACCUUCCUCAGUUGUCAACGCAGCCGUCAGACUUGGCCCCUCCCACCUCUGGAACCGCCGCGCCGAUCAUCAGCCCGACUCCCAAAAGCGCUGCUCUCCCCCGGCCCACCAUCGUCAUUCCGCAGACUUCCUCAAACACUCCUCCCCCCAAGGUCACCCCUUAUGCGCCUACGCCUGUCAACAACGCUGUAAACGCACCCGCCCCUUCGUCGACAACCAACACUGUCAAGCCCGCACCCGCACCUCUACCUGCAUCGGCACCCGCUGCUCCGCCCGCCGUUCACCACCAGCAGAACGGCCACCCGCCGAAUAUGGGUUCGAGCGUGUCCCGGGCCUUCGAUUCGCACAGCUCUGCCGGCCAAGGAGCAGCGCCAAGCCUUCCAGCGAGUCGUGUCCAGCCCAACGGCUACACCAACGGCCAUGCCAACGGCCACGCCAAUGGUCAUGCCAACGGAAAGCCCAACCAGAUUGGAAACGGCCUUCCCAGUGCUCUGAAGGGAGUUCCGGCGGGCUUCCGCACAUCGCAUUCGGCCACAGCGCGCCGCAUCGCAUCGUCACCCCUGGCCAGCCCCGUGACGUCGACAGCGCCCAACAACCCGAUCACCACUCCUAUACCCCGGCCUUACGGUUCGCGAUCUGUAUCCCAGCCUUCGUCGUCAGCUGCUGCCCCGUCGUCGUCGUCAAACUCGAGCCAGAACUCCUCGACCGAGAUUGACAAGGACAUUGUGGACAUGAUCCAGGGUCGUCCUUCGGUUAUGAGCCGAAGCCGACCGACGAGGAAGAACGACAAGUCGCUGACUUACCUCCUGUCCCACCCGCGUGUGGUCAUCUCGCUGCUGCCUUUCCUGAACAUCAACCAGUUCUUGAACCUGCUCGCUUCGGACAAUGACCUCAGGAAGUACAUCUCGGGAGAGAUGGUCGGCCGUUGGGUCAUGCGCGAGUGGGGUGUGACCAUCGAGAAGGAGCGUGGACGCUCGUGGCCUGGACUGACUGUCUGGGAGGGAUUCCUCGAGUCGCUCCUGCACGAUCCGGCCGUGUACAGCACGUACCCGGAGCAGUACCACAAUCUGCUUCGCCAUCUCAGCUUGUCGCACACGCUCGUGGUUCUCUUCCUGCGAACCAUGCCCGCUUCGUCGUUCCCUUUCUCGGCGCCCUUACCGUUCGAUGACGAUCUCACGCCGCCCCAGCUGCACAAGUCGAGCUCGGUCGCCAGCUUCACCAGCGGCAUGAUUACGCCGCCGCGCCGACCUGGUGGUUCUCGCCCCGGAUCUCGCGCGGGUUCUGUUGCUGGCUCGGAGCCUGGCAGUCCGUUUGGCAGGAUGCCUCGCCGCGAGCGAGUCGUCGAAGUUGUCAUGCCGGAGCCGCUGUCGGCGACUCCGCAGUCGGCGUCGGCUGUCACCAAGCCCUGGGACGCAGCCAGCAUGAACACGAGCAUGGGCAGCCGCCUGCGCCGCCGCCGCGGUUCGGGAAGCUCUGUGCAGUCCGGAGUGCCCAUUGGCACGUUUGGCCGCAAGCGCGCCAACUCUGUGUCGUCUAUGAACACGAUGGCGCUGCAGGCUCCACCGUCGCACAACGCUGUUCCCUUGCCGCAGGGCAAGGCCGGCCUUCCCCCGGUCAGCUAUCCCACUGCGAAGCGAUACGAGUUCACCAACUACGGUGGGCACUCGUCCAAGCACUCGAUCGGCGGAGGAUUCUCGAGCCGCCCCGGAUCGAUCAUGUCGGCACAGACGAGCAACGCCCACAGCUCGAUGCCGUCCACGAUCAAGGGCAACGCCUGGGGCUCGCGAUCGACGACGCACAUCUCGUCGGCUCAGCAAUCGCUCGACCUGCCGGUUCCGCCACCGAUCGGCGGCAGCGGCAGCCGCUCGUCGAUGAACGGCAGCGACAGCCAUCGCUCGCGCAACUCGGAGCGCGGAUCGCACUCGCCCAUCCAGCGUCGCUGGGACUCUCCUACGCAGGGCAGCAAGUACGAGCCCGCGUUCGACCGCCCGCCGCCGUACAUGCCCGGCCGUGCGCCGAUCCUGCGUGUGUUCGUUCCUGUCUCCGAGCGCGUUCCCCGCUGGCCGUCCGCCGAGGGUGCCGCCGCGUCGUGGCGCGAGCUCGAGAAGUGCGGUGCCAGCAAGCGUAUGCGCCUCGGUGAUCUUGUCGUCAAUACUGCGCUCAACAAGCCGACAAACACGGAGCACGUGCUCAUCUACAUUCCGUUCAUCGAGCACAAGCUUGUGCCGCUUGAGUACAACCACUGCACGACGGGCCACCUGCCGCAUUACCUGGACGCCUUUGCGCUGUCGCCGAUGUACUACGACCCGUUCCUGCCGACGCCGCAGAUCAUCUACCUCGACUUCUCGCCGUUCGCUAAGCAGGCAAUGGACAGUGUGCGCUUAGCGCACGACCGUCGCGACGUUACUGUCGCAUCCGGUGCGCGCAUCUCGGCCAAGCGUUACCUGCACGUCGCUGGAUUCGAGGUUGUGCCGACGCCGGACGAGCGCAUCGCGAAGGAGUGGGCGGGCCAGAUCUCGCUCGAGGCCGAGGGCACCGCCGAGGGCCGCCACGAGAUGGAGGCGCGCUUCGGCUUCGGCGACCCGCGGCAGUGUCAGAUGGGUGCGUGGGAGGUUGUGCGCGAGCGCUCCAUGGUCGGCAGUCUGUGGCUGCGCCUUGUGCGCGAGGAGCCGCGCAUCAGUAAGGCCUAG